AUGGUUAAUUUUGCUGUAGCCAUUCUAUGGCUUGGGGCUUCAGCAGCAGCGCUGGACCCGGUCUCCGGGACUCACGUCAUACCUAGAGUUGAAGUUGCUACCGAUGCGCCAAAGUCACAGAGUUCUCCAGCGCAGACGGUCCCAGCGCCAUCCACGCCACCUUCCCCGAAAAGCCCGCCUCCUGUCGAGGGUGGCACGUCAAAGCAAGAAUCGAGCCCGCAGCCGUCCAAGCCCAGCAGUGCACCCAGUGUCUCGGGUGCCGCGUCGGGUGCCACAUCAGCCGGCUCUGGCCAGACGGCUUCACCCCAACCAGCAGCGACGAGUGGUGGCGGGGGAGUUGUCACCACAAUAAGAACAACUAUCAUUGAAACAAUCAUUGGACCGGCACCGGGCUCCAGUUCCGAGCACUCUGAGCCCAGUCAGCCUGCACCAAGCACGCAGCCAUCAGUUGCGCCCUCUUCCAACAAUCCGACGUCUACUCAGCCCCAAUCAUCAGACAAAACUGGCUCUUCAUCUUCCGCCCCUCAGACUCAGCCCAGUCAAUCAGCCACCCUUCCUGCCAGUGGGAGUGCGUGGCUAUCGAGCAUCCUGUCAAGCAUCAUGUCGGCCAGUGCAAGUACAAACUCGCCCGCGCCGUCGACCACUGCACAACAGACAGGGUCCCAAACUUCGGGGGCUCGAACGGCCACGACACAGCCGGCGCAGUCGCCGCAGCCCCAGCCAUCUGGCACUCAACAGCCGUCCACAGGAGCCAGCGGAAGCCCAGAAGCGCCAGGAACAAUCGUCGUGACGACUAUCUUGACCAUCACGGGGCCGGGAGCACCUUCAAGCACGGUUAGGUCUGGGCAAGCAAGCCAAACAAGAGAACAGUCGGUUACCAAUACUCAGGAUCAAGGGCAGAAGUGGACAGGCGCGGGUAACUCCGCCAGCCAAGGUUCUGAGGGAAAUGGUGCAGGCCAGACCACAUCCUCUGGAGGACUACUGGGUGGGCUCUUAUCUACAGUGCUGGGAGGCGUUGGUGGAAGCGAGGGGAGUUCAGGUCAGCCUACGGCCUCUGCUUCAACACCAGGAUCGGGCCAAGGGUCAACCACGACCUCUUCCGAAGGUCUCCUUGGGGGUCUGUUAUCGACAGUCCUGGGAGGUAUUGGAGGGGAUGAGUCCGGGAAACCAACGGGCGAGCAGACGACACCCCACCAGACUAUGACCCCGGAUGCCCCAGGACGCCGACGGAAAGCUCGUGUAGAGGAGUUGGACAGAAAGGCUUCCGCUCCUACUACUACUUUCUUGACCUUGGUUAUCUGA